AUGGUUGCCAAUUCCACCAGCCUUGCCUGGAGAUCGGCCGGUUUGAGGGCCCGCGCCGUGCCGUCAUUGCGAUGCUCCCAUCGGUCCUCAAUCCUUCAUAGACAGGCCGCUUUCCAGCAACACAGUGCCGUGCGACAUGCCUCAGGCACGACCAACGAGGCAGCUGAGGCUGUAAAGGAGGCCCCCAAGAAAGCCGGCCGCGGCCUCAAGAGAACGGUGUACGGAACAUCGUUGGUACUCGCUGCAUUGGUGGGUUAUGUGUAUGCGACGGAUACCAGGGCAAGCAUCCACCGCUAUGCUGUGGUUCCUCUUGUUCGGAUGCUUUAUCCCGACGCGGAAGAGGCACAUCAUAUUGGUGUGGAAGCUCUGAAGACGCUCCACAAGUAUGGACUUCAUCCGCGGGAACGCGGCAACCAGGACGGUGACGGCGUGUUGGCUACUGAGGUCUUCGGGUAUACGCUCAACAACCCCAUUGGCAUCUCGGGCGGACUUGAUAAGCAUGCUGAGAUUCCCGACCCGUUGUUCGCUAUUGGCCCCGCGAUUGUUGAAGUUGGCGGCACGACUCCCCUGCCGCAGGAGGGCAAUCCCCGACCUCGCGUGUUCCGACUGCCAUCUCAAAAAGCCAUGAUCAACCGAUACGGCCUGAACUCCCUGGGCGCCGACCACAUGGCGGCCAUCCUGGAGAGACGCGUGCGGGAUUUCGCCUAUGCCAAUGGGUUUGGCCUGCACGAUGAAGCGGAGCAGCGGGUUCUCGACGGCGAUGCCGGCGUGCCCCCCGGCAGUCUUCAGCCCGGACGGCUGCUGGCCGUGCAGAUUGCGAAGAACAAGGCGACACCAGACUCGGACAUCGAGGCUAUCAAGCGCGACUACGUCUACUGCGUUGACCGACUGGCCAAGUACGCCGAUAUCCUGGUUGUGAACGUUUCCAGCCCCAACACGCCCGGCCUGCGCGACCUGCAAGCGACCGCGCCGCUGACCGCCAUCCUAAAGGCGGUAGUGAGCGCCGCCAAGGGCGUCGACCGCAAGACCAAGCCUUAUGUGAUGGUCAAGGUCAGCCCGGACGAGGACUCGGAUGAGCAGGUCUCCGGCAUCUGCGACGCCGUAUGGCAUUCGGGCGUGGACGGCGUUAUCGUGGGCAACACGACCAACCGCCGGCCUGCCCCGCUGCCGCAGGGCUUCACUCUUCCGCCAAAGGAACAGUCCACUCUGAAGGAGACGGGAGGGUACUCGGGGCCCCAGCUGUUCGACCGCACCGCUGCCCUGGUGGCCCGCUACCGGGCGCUGCUGGAUGCACCGCCCGCUCCGGCGUCCAAUGCGAAUGAGACCGACCAAGCCAAGGAACUGGCAGCGGCCGUGACUCGAGCCGAGCCUGACUUGGAGAAUGUGCCCGCAGUCGAGCCGCCUACUCCGGCCAAUCGGCCGGCGCGCAAGGUGAUAUUUGCCUCUGGAGGUAUCACCAACGGCAAGCAGGCGCAGGCGGUGCUGGAUGCGGGAGCCUCGGUCGCGAUGAUGUACACGGCCGUGACGUAUGGUGGAAUUGGCACAGUCACUCGAGUGAAGCAGGAAUUGCGAGAGGAAAAGAAAACCCGUCAAUAG